AUGUACAUACAUCAAGUGUUCUCUGUUGCUCAAGAACACUUACCUAAAUACAAAGCUUACAUCGAUGAAUUGCAUUUACAAUCUCAAAUACAAAUGGCUUUACAAAAGUAUAGCAGUCGAAUACCAAUCGUUAUUCAAAUGUCACAUUUUACAACAGAAUGGUACAAUCCAAAAUACUCAGAAUUAUCAUUAAACAUCAUACAACUGUUGCUUCAUUCAACAGAUCGUCUCAAAAUAACGGCACACAUUUAUAACCUGUGCCGAUUCUAUUUUCUCCUACAUCAGACAUACUCUCAAAUGAUUGAACGGGGAAAAUGUGAAGAAAUUACACUCAAAGAAUUAUAUAAACGAGCUAAAGAACAUUUGAAAACUUCGAAUAAGCGUCACUAUGAAAAUGAGAUGAAAAUUCAUUGGCAAAUUAUUGAAAAAGGUAUCGAAGCUGUCAACGCCUAUCAUAAGAGUACGGAUGGCUAUAUUCGACCAGGUGUCUGCAAUGAGACCCAACGCUUUUUUCAGAUCACAGAAGAUACUCCAGUAUCCUACUUAGUUACAACAGAAAACUACGACGAAGGAAACAUCAUUAUGUGCAUACUCAGGUAUACCAUUCAUACAUUUUUAGUCUAG